AUGUCAUCAGCUAACAUGGUCGAUUUCAAUCUUCAACAAGGGAAUGAUAUUGAUAUUGAAAGCCAAAAAUCUUAUUCUACACCAACCCAUGGUGAGUUAAUUCAAAAUAAUAUCACACCAUCAGUACAACAUCAGCUGAUAACAAAUGAGAAAAAUUAUGUACAUACAGAAGCUGUGCCAAUAUAUACAAGUCAAAAUUCAGAAUUUGUUCAAUUACCACCAAUCACUGAAUUCCAAAAACCAAUGAUUUCACAAGAACAAAAUCCAGGAAAAUCAAUCAAAACAGUACUCGAACCAUCAGCAAUGCCAAUUGAAGAAUCGAAUAAUCAACAACAAAUGUCAAUUACGUCAAAUGAAUUGACAUAUAACCAACUUAUUAAAUUAUCUCAAGCUCAUAUGUGCAUGACAUACGAUUUACGUACAAAUCAUGAGGCAUUAGAUCAUCAAGAAAAUCUAGAACUAGAUCGUACCAGCUCGUUGGACACUGAUAAUCAAAACAUUGAUCUUCUUGACGGUGGCGAAACAACACCGCAAGAAGCUAUUCUUCAUCAAAAAGAAAACAGUAUUUCUAAUGACAACAAUACUUUAAUUGAUUUACAUUUAAAAUUUUUCAAACACUAUCUACAGGAUAAUAGUAUCAAUAAUGACUCCCGCUGUCCAACAGCACAUAAACAUACAGAAAACAUUUGA